AUGUUGGCCCGGUUUCACUCGAUGGACGUUCCCAUCGCCAGAAACUACAAAUGGUUUUCAGACUUUUUGGAUAAUUUCUAUAAGAAAGCGUAUGAUUUGUUUCCGUUAAACGACAUGUAUAUAGAAGUGAAGGCAACCACUCUUUUGAGCGUUGAUUUAAAGACUGAAAUCGAUUGGUUGAAGACAUGUCUAACGGCCACCAACUCUCCGAUUGUCUUCUCGCACAAUGACUUCAGAGGUCCUAAUAUUAUGGUCAGAGAAGGCAAUGAAAAGAACAGCCAAUCACUUGAUAUAACUUUAUGUGAUUUUGAAUAUUCGUGUUAUUCUUAUCGAGGCUUUGAUUUCGGAGCUAUUUUUGAAGACUGGGGCAGAACUAGUGUCGACAAAGUAAAUGAAAAUAUCUCUGAUUCAGUACUCAAACGGUUUAUGAAAAGCUAUUUGGAAGAAAGCAUUCAAAUAAACGGAGACACUUAUCGGGAUAAUAGUGUCAACACAAUUGACCAUUUAGUAGGUGAGGCCAAACAAAGAGCAGAUCAAAGACUUCAAUAUUAUCUCACAUUGAAGUCUAAAUGUAUUGAAGAGGGACUCAUCCGUGUGUAAUCAUGAUAAG